AUGUCAUCGGUUGGUCGAAUCAGGACUUAUUUAGAUUUAGCUGCCGAUGAAGUGCCACUGGGACGACUUGUUUUCGAGGUCUGGAUGUUUAUUGUACACCUGCUGGGAACUACUAGAGAUCUAAUCCAAAUUAAAUUCAACUAUCGAAAAAUGCUUCUUUUAGACUUUAUCGCUGAGCAGGUAAGUGUAGUUGAGGGCUAG